AUGGUGGUCCUGGUGGCUUCAUCACUUGCAACCACUAUUAGCAACAAAUGUAAUGAUAGGAACUUCUCAUUGCCAUCAGGGUUUGCAGGAAUAUGCAGCAACUAUAGGAAAGUGACAGGGCCAUCACGCUUUGAAACAAGCUCAGGUAAAAAGUACGAUUCUGAUGUUACGGUGAGUGUUGUAUUCGAUUCCGACAGAGUCGCUGCCAAGUUUCAGUCUGGUGGCCCAUACGGCUUCUCCAACGACAUAGGUGGAAGCUUGGCAGGUGAUGUAGAUCAGGUCACUGUUGUGCGCACUGAAGAGAUCUGCCUCUCUGGUGGUCUUACUCGUCAGAAAAUGAAGUACCUUCAUUUUCUCCAUAAGCAUAUGAACACCAAGUCAUAUCAUGGUCCCAUUCACUUCCGUGAUCCUUCGAAGAUCCUGUGGUGUACCAUCCGAGGUCAGGUGGCGACGGUGCAGGCGCUGAGACAUUCAGCAACGACGACAAGAGAGAGAGAGAGAGGGAAAGAAGAGGGUUUCGAUUUUGAAUAG